AUAAACUGGAUGAGAAAUUUAAACAAUUACAUGGAUUUAAUGGUUUACUUCAUGUGCAAGACUGUCAUAACGGGCUCUAUGAUAUUAUUCUAGGUUUUAUUGAUACUGCGAAAAGCCUUGGAAUUUUUUAUAAUAAAGAUUUUAAUGGUGAAAGACAAAAUAGAGUUGGAAUAUACCAGUUUACAAAUAAAGAGAGAAGGUGUUCUUUGGCUGAAGACUAUUUAAAAGAUGCGCUAAGAAAAGCUGAAUUACAUUCAGGUUCAGAUCUAUAUGAAUUUGAAAAAAUUGUUGCUGUAGAUAUUAGAUUAUAUGCUCAUGUAUUAGAUAUUAUUUGGGACAAAAAGAAUGAAAAAGAAAAUAUUGCGAUCAUUGUAAAAUAUUUUUGCAAUGGUACAGUGUAUGAGGCUUUUAUUGCACCAAAAGGUGAAGUUAUUCUUUGUGGUGAAGCGAUCAAUAGCCCUCAG